AUGCAGCCAGCUCAGGACAUCCCCCAUCUACGGAAGACUGUGAACUCCCACCAGCUCAUCGUCAAGGGCAAGCCGUUCCUAUGCCUCGGUGGUGAACUGCACAACUCUAGCAUGUCCAACGCCGAGUUCAUGAGGGGCGUGUGGCCAAACAUGAAGGCAAUGAACGUCAACGCGUUGCUUGGUGGAGUUCACUGGGAGAUGAUUGAGCCCACCGAGGGUAACUUCGACUUCUCGGAGCUCGAUCAGAUGAUUCUGGAUGCCCGGGGACACGGUCUCCACCUCGUCCUUCUCUGGUUUGGCAGCUUCAAGAAUGCUCGGAGCACCUACGUCCCUGCCUGGGUCAAGAAGGACCACAAGCGCUUCCCCCGCAUCCACGCCGAGGUAGACCGCAAGAAGGAAACUCUCGAGCUUCUCUCCCCCUUCCACUCACGGUCAUGGGAGGCAGAUGCCAAGGCAUUCGCCACCCUGAUGCGCCAUAUCCGUGAGUUCGAUGGCGACCACAGCACCGUCAUCAUGGUGCAGGUCGAAAACGAAACCGGCCUGCUCGGCGACUCAAGAGACAGAUCGCCCCUGGCCAAUAAGCUCUUCAGCGAGCCCAUCCCAGAGGACCUUUUGAACCAUUUGAAGUCCUCCGCCGGGCACCCCAGGUUCCAGAAGCGUUUCCCCGGGUUUUCCAACGUCUCAGCAGGCGCAACUUGGGAGCAGGCCUUCGGCAAGGGCCUCGGAGCUGAAGAAGCCUUCAUGGCGCAUGGCUUCUCAAACUACAUUGGCCAGGUUGCCGCUGCCGGCAAAGCUGAAUAUCCCAUCCCCUUCUACACCAACACGUGGAUCAGCUUUGAUGAGCCCAGUACGCUGGACCUCUCUGCCUCUCUUGGCCCCCACAGAUCGCUCGUCGCUGCCGGAGGCGUCAAGCCCGGUAUGUAUCCCUCCGGCGGUCCUUACCCCCAGGUCAUGGAUAUCUGGAAGUUCAACGCUCCUGCCCUUGACUUCCUUUCCCCUGACGUCUACUUCCAUAAUUACGAAUGGGUGUGCCAGCAGUACCGGUACCAGAACCAACCCCUUUUCAUCCCGGAGCAGAAGCGUGACGAAGCCGGCGCCCGCAGGGUCUUUCUCGCAUUCGGCACGUACGGCGCGAUGGGGUGCUCGCCUUUCGGCAUCGACACGCUCGAGGCCGCGACAAGCCCGAUGACUAGAGUAUACGGACUGUUGCAGUCGAUGAGCAAAUACAUUCUCGAUGCGCAAGCCAAUCGUCCGGAUGAUAUCACCGGGUUCUUCUUCGAUGAACACAAGGACGAGGAGGAUGAGCCAGAGAAGUGGGUCAAGGUCUUUGGCGACUUUGAAUUGACCAUUGUGAGGUCAUUUGUAUUUGGCAAGCCGGGACCUGGAUGCGGUAUCAUUAUUCACCAGGGCGACGGCAAGUUCCUACUGCUCGGUUGGGGCUACCAGGUCAUUUUCAGGAGUACUAACCCCAAGUCCACUUUCGCUGGUAUCCUCAAUUGCGCGGAGAAGAUUGUCGAUGGUGACGGCAACCUCACUACAGGCCGUGUGAUGAAUGGCGACGAGACCCGCCAUGGAGAGUUCUAUAUCAUGCCUAACGAGGACCCUGACUAUGGCGGCUUCCCCAUUGCAGUCACUAUCCCUGCCAAGACUGCCAUUGCAGAGGUUGUUGCUUACAGCCUGGAGGAGGAUGAGGAUGAGCUAUGA